UUAGAACCAUGAGUUCUUCGAGGUCUUCUCCUAUAAAAAUAGAAGACUUUGAAACUCCUGAAGCCAUCCAAAGUUUUGAAGCUAUGGCCUCUUGGAUGAAGAACCAACCACGAGACCAGUUAGGUUUUGAUGCUAGCGAUAUUACGGCUUCAACACUUGCACGUGUAACUGGAGAGCUUAGCGUCUUCCUUGAAACGAACUUGGGAAAGAACUCACAAACCGAGAAUAGAAUAAUUACCAAGUUUCCACAACACGUUUUUAGACAUACGCAACCUGAUAGUGCAUUAUGUAAGAUUCUCUGCUUGUGUUUUCAGUUCAAAGAACAACAAGCCUGGAGACGUUUAGACGCCCUCAAUCCGGAUAGAAAGGAGGCAGUUAUGAACCUGCUGCUUGAUGUGGAGAAGAAUCUUCGAACUACGGGAAUUCUUCCUCCGAAGAAGGUAUUCUUUUCGAGAAGUGUGGCUCCAAGUCUUGUGCCGAAACUCAAAUCUAUUGUUCAACGGCACGGUGGCCUAGUUGUUUCUUCAGCAACCAGUGCUACUCAUAUAAUUGAACCAGACGUGGAUAUUCCAACGGACUCAGAAGAUGUUUCGUCGGAAGAGUAUUGUAGAGUUUUGAAAAGAGAGGGCGAUAAGGUUUUUGUCCACUGGUGGUAUUAUCCCGAUAGCUACGACUCGUGGAUACCUGCUAGUGAAGUUGAUGGCUCAGAAAUAGAUGAACAAUCUCCUCCAAAGGGUCCUUGGCACGUUCAAGCAAGGUUUAUUAUAGACUUGGAAAAGUUCAAUGAGUGGCCGAAUGAAUUGGAUUAUGAAGUGCCAGAUGAUAUGAUUACCAGGACUAUUGCAGAUGGUAAAGGUAAAUCUGUGGAAAGUGAACAUGGUUCGCAAGAGAAUCGAAUUGAUUCAAAUCAUGAUCUUCACGAAGAUAAUAUUCCAGACAGUAGAAGGAAGAGGAAACUGAAUGAGGCUUCUUUAAAUGUCAAGGAUGAACCACAGGACUUGGAAAACUCUGACCCAUCAUUAGAGGAGAACUCUCACAUCUUGGAGAAAGGAAGAGAUGAAAAUGUCAACAAGAACAGGAAAAUAACACACGAUGUAGAGAUAGCUGACACUUCUCAACUUCAAUCCAAGUUGAAUUCGGAACAAUUAGUGGAACGCAACAAAGAAAAUACUGACACACACGGCAGUGGAAUUCAAGAUUCACUAAUGAAGACAAACGAACUUUUAAAACAGGAAGUGGAAAAUGUUACCCAAACACUAGAGAAAGGAAUGGAACAGAAUAACUCAACCUCCAUUGAACAUCAAAAAGAAACAACACCUACAACUCUGAAUCUUGACCCAUCGAAUAUUGAAACUAAUCAUAAUGAAUUGGCUAGUUUUAAUGAUAUUGGUGAGCUUACGGCUACUCUUCCUGAGGAACCUAUUUUUAUACCAUCAUAUUCGAGAUGGUUCAGAAUGGAUGCCAUACAUGAUAUAGAGAAGCGAGCACUCUCUGAAUUUUUUACGGGUCAAUAUCCCUCGAAGACACCCGAGGUUUAUAUGCAGUAUAGAAAUUUCACUGUUCAGUCUUGGAGAGCAGAUCCUAAGCAUUACUUGACAGUAACUGCAUUGAGAAGACACUUAGCUGGUGAUGCAUGUGCUAUUAUGAGAAUUCAUGCAUUCCUUGAACACUGGGGCCUCAUCAAUUAUAAUAUCGAUGCAAGUAAUCGACCAUCUCCAACAUCUUUUGGAUCACCUCCUGUGAUACCGUUGGCCUCACAUGGUUCUGUGACAAGUGGAAUUCCUCGUUUAUUAUUUUUUGAUGAUGGUUCUCAUCCGGAUAUGUUGGAUAGAAGUGUAGACUAUAGAUUACCAGAAGCACAAAUGACACGUCGGGAACUUUAUGCGACAGCUGCAGCAGCGACAUAUUAUUGUGAGAUUUGUGGAAAGGACUGUUCAGAGUUUCGUUAUCAUUGUAUAAGCCAAGCUGAUAUGGAUAUUUGUCCUAGUUGUUUUUCACAAGGAAAGUUUCCGUCAGAAUUUACGAAUGAUCAAUUUGUUCCGAUGAAAGCAGUAUCGGAAGCUAGUGUUGGUGAAGAAACCUGGUCGGAGAAUGAAACUUUACUUUUAUUAGAAGGAUUGGAAAAGUAUGGAGAAAACUGGGACUCUGUAGCUGAACAUGUGGGUACAAAGAGCAAGGAAUCAUGUGUUUUGCAUUUUAUUCGUCUUCCUAUCGAAGACUCAUUUCUGGAAGAACAGUUAGGAAAAGAUUUCAGCUACAUUUCGAGAGAGCAAAAUAAGAAGGAAGAUAAUGAUGUAUUGAACUCGUUUGUAAGUGAACCAUUUCCUUUUGCGGAUACAGCCAAUCCAAUCAUGGCACAAGUUGCUUUCCUUGCUUCUAUGGUUUCUCCACAAGUAGCUUCAGCCGCGGCUAGAGCAGCUUUAGAUGCGCUUACCAAGACUAGUUGUGACUCAGAGAAUGAGAAAGUCAGUCAAGUACAUUCCAUGCAAUCCACUUUGGAGUCACAAGUUGGUAGGCAAGCUACAGAAGUCAUGUCUGAACAGCUUGUGAGUGGAGUGAAUAAUGAAGCAAAUCAAGAGAAUAAGAGUAAUUUGGAAAGUGAAGAAGCUAAGAUGGAUAGUGUAUCUGUACAGGCAGCAGCGGCAGUAGCUUUGUCAGCUGCUGGUGCUCGAGGAAGAAUUCUUGCAGAAGAGGAAUCAAGAGAAAUAGAGAGACUGUUUGCAGUUGCAUUAGAGUCCAAAUUGAAAAUGCUGCAUAUGAAAAUGGACUAUUUUGAACAGAUGGAAACGAUCACUCGUCGUGAGAGAGAAAAGCUCGAACGAUAUCGAUUGCAAGUUGUUGCUGAUCGACUAUCUUUUGCAUAUUCACGAGUAUCUGGCAAGCUAUCAGAGUCUAAUACUAUAUUUAAAGUUGCAGAUGGACAAGUUACCAAAGAGCCAUUAGAGAAGGAAGAGUUAAUCCUAUCCAUAGAUUCACCGACCGAAGCUAUACCUUCACAAUCCUUUAAAAAAGGACCACAGCCAAUGAUAGAUCCAUCCCAGUUUUACCCUAAUGAAGAUGUCUCUAUGAUGGAAUACGUAGAACAACCCAACUCUACCAAUUCAUAUCUUAUGGAAGACCAUCUUUUGAAAUGGAAUGAUUUGCAAUGAGUCGAACACUAUAGGUAGUUAUUCUGUUGAUGUUUAUAAUCAAUUUGGGUUUUGGACACAAUGGACGUUUGGUAGAAAAUAGAAAAUAUUCAAAAGAAUUGAUUAUGCGAAGAAUGCCAGAAACGAGUUCUUGUGAUU